UAUAAUUUUCUUAAAGGAUUAUGGAUAGGCUGUCAUAUUCAUCCAUAUAUGCUAUUACAGAUCACGAACCCAGCGUUGAACAUAAAAAAAAUUAACAGAUUAGAAAGAAGGAAAAAAAAAUGGCAGCGGUGAACGGUGAAAACCAGUACGACAGAGCCGAAGAAGUAAAACGAUUCGACGAAUCAAAAAUCGGAGCAAAAGGGCUAGUCGAUUCAGGCCUUACUGCUAUCCCUCGCUUCUUCAUUCACCCACCCGAAAAUCUUUCCGACCUCAAACCAAAACUCGAGUCUGUUGUCAUCCCAACCAUCGACCUGUCGGGGCCUCGUUCCGUGGUAGUGGAGCAAGUUGCCAGUGCAUCCCGAUCCUUUGGGUUCUUCCGGAUCCUAAACCAUGGAAUUCCCGUGCAAGUACUGGACCGUACGAUCGGUUCCGUCAGAGCUUUCCAUGAGCAGCCACAGGACGUCAAGGCAGGGUUCUAUAGGAGGGACAAAGGAACCGGUGUAUCCUUGGUUUGCAACAAUGACUUGUUUCACUCUAAAGCUGCCAGCUGGAGGGAUACGCUCCGGAUAAGCGUAGGACCAAAUUUACCGGAGCUUGAGCAGAUUCCUGAAGUUUGCAGAGACGAGGUAGUUGAAUGGAACUUGCAGACUAAAGCAUUAGGAGAGUGGUUGAUGGGACUAUUGUCCCAAGGGCUGGGAUUGGAUACCGACAAGCUUAAGAACACUUCCUGUUUGGAAGGAAGAUAUAUGGCGUGCCACUACUAUCCUUGCUGUCCCCAGCCUGAUCUGACGCUCGGCAUUGCAUCUCAUACAGAUCCUGGAGUCUUGACGGUGUUGCUGCAGGAUCACAUUGGUGGCUUGCAGAUUAAGCAUGAAGAGGAAUGGGUGGAUGUCAAACCUGUACCUGGAGCUCUUGUUAUAAACAUUGCAGAUGUUCUUCAAAUUAUGUCAAAUGAUGAGUACAGAAGUGCAGAGCACAGAGUGCUGGCCAAUUCUUCCGAUGAACCCCGAGUAUCUAUUGCUGUUUUCUUCAAUGCUAGUGCCAGGGAAGCCUUAUAUGGACCAUUUUCUGAGCUUACUUCACCAGAGAAACCAGCCCGCUAUCGUCAAUUCGUAUAUGAUGACUACAUAAGAAGGUUCCACAACAUGGAAUUGGACGGCAAAACUUUGACAAAUUACUAUAAGCUCUAAGGGGUUUUCUUUUUAUCUAAUAUGGGCUUGUACUGGACUUUCUUGGGUUUACUAGAGGGCCCAACUUUUUUGUGUUCCUCUCUCAGCCUCUCUCGUUGAAACUUGAAAGAGCCCCUCCAUCUCCAUCCAAACCAGAAGCUCUCUGUGCAACGAGUGGCUCGGCAUUCUCCGACGACUUCGACGACUCAGACAGGGUUGACGCAGUCCCUUCUGCAAAUAAACGCCGCUUGUUCUUUAAGAUUUUUCCUCAAAUGAAAACCUGGUAUUAUUCAAGAUUUGAAAUGUCCCGAUAGUUCUAGUGGAUUUGAUUUGUUUGAAGGUUCUUGCUUUGAUUCAAUUUCAUUUUGGGCUUUUCAAGUUUUAGAUGCUUCAAACUUCAAACCAUAAUGAACCCUUGAAUAUAACUCAGCUUCUCGUGUAAAUUAUACCCAUUUUUCAAUGUAACCGCCGUUCUCCUUUUUCCUCUUCGUCUGGUUCUGCUUCUGAUAAGUGGCUACGAGUUCGGACGUGCCGUCACCUUUUCUUGACCAUGUCCAAAAUUUUUUUUCUAUUUUACCGUGUCCGGAUGUAUUCCGUAAACAUUUAUGCCGUUUUGGUGGAGUCUCCGUAUUGGAUACGAGUACGCGAGGUUUCCCUCGUGUUCAUGCUUUAUACAUGGUUGAAAAUCUUUUCUGUAAAUAGAGGGAACAUAUC